AUGAAUCCACCUGUCGCCAGGAGCUGUAUGAGGAAUCCUCACGCUCCCUCCAUACUCUGGGAAUGCCUGAGCCGCCCCCUCGUCGAGAACCGAGGAUCCGCCAGGCCGCCCAACAAUCCUCCAGCCCCUGUUCUGCUCCCCCUGAAACCAGGCGUGGGGGGUUACGUGGAUUUCUCGGUCCCCUGCCAGGCUACGGCUCCACAGAGCCUUCCUUGCGCUGAACGCGCUUUCGAAGCACCUGGCAUUUCCUUCCAGCCGCCCGCUUGGCAUGUGGCGGCUUCUGAGAGCAAGCUCAUGCUGCCGGCGGAGUUGGCUUCGGGAUCCGGGGGGCUAGAAGAGGGCAGCUCCACCUUGGGGGAGACCAGCAAAAAUAACCUCAUCGCAGGGAAUGUGGCAAGCGACGCUGAGAAUAAAGCAGUCCAAUGGAGAAUGGAAAAAACAGAUGUGCUGGCUACUCCGUGGUGUGAUGCUAUUCAAGUGAGCACAAAGAGCCAGGGUGGAGUCCGUGGCAACCUUACAACCAAUUCCAAGAAAGAAACCAACAGCUCCAGAGCACGUAAGGAGCGCACUGCAUUUACUAAGGACCAGCUGCGGGAGCUUGAGAUGGAAUUUACUCACCACAAUUAUCUGACGAGGCUCCGAAGAUAUGAGAUUGCUGUGAACCUUGAUUUGACAGAAAGACAGAUCAAAGUAUGGUUUCAGAACCGCAGGAUGAAAUGGAAACGUGUGAAAGGACAGCCAGUGUCACCCCAGAACCACACCGAAGAGAUGGACCCUGCUGUCUCCUUAAGUCCAGAGUAG